AUGGACAUCAUGGAUCGUCUAAUGAUCACCACAGCAACCUUCUUCACCUUGUGCAUCAUCAUCACCAUCAUCGUUCCUUGGACAGAGGCAGCUGGAGAAAGCACUGGGAAUGGGUUACGUGUCGGCUUUUACAGCCACAGUUGCCCAAAUGUGGAAAAAAUUGUUGCUGACAUUGUGUCAAAGGCUCAUCAGGAUGAUCUAAAGCUCCCCGCCGCCCUCAUUCGCUUCUUCUCCCACGAUUGCUUGGUCAAGGGCUGCGAUGCCUCAAUUCUUCUGGAUGCCACAGCCUCACAUGAGCCUGUAGAGAAGCAAGCACAAGCCAGUGAAAUGCUUAGAGGUUAUGAGCUCAUUGAUGAGAUCAAGGACAGGGUAGAGCAGGAGUGUCCACAAACUGUCUCUUGCGCUGACAUACUAGCCUUUGCUGCUCGGGAAGCUGUUUUUCUGGCUGGUCUGCCACGUCACAUGGUCCCCGCUGGACGCCGUGACAGUCGGACUUCCCGUGCUUCCGACAUCACCAUCCCUAACCCUACAACACCUUUCGAUGAGAUCAUAGAUUAUUUCUCCAGAAGAGGCAUCACCAUUGACGAAAUGGUUGUGUUGAGUGGUGCACAUUCCAUUGGGAUUGCUCAUUGCAGCUUCUUUGACUACAGACUCUACACCUUCAAAAACGACCAGCCCCAAGACCCUGCCCUCAACGCAUCCUAUGCUUCUGAGCUGUCUAAAACGUGCCCAAAACCCAACACAUUGAAUCCAGCUGAGGCUAAACAGAGAGCCGUCGAGUUAGAUCCCACAACACCACUCGUCCUGGACAAUCACCACUACCUGAACCUGUUGCAAGGGAAAGCCUUGCUUCAGUCGGAUCAGACAAUGGUUACUGAUCCCCGCACCAGCGGAUUGGUGCAGCAGUUUGCCUUGGAUCCCGAAUCUUGGGCUCGAAGAUUUGCCAAGGCCAUGAUUAAGAUGGGGAGAACCAAUGUUCUCACUGGAAAUGUUGGAGAGAUAAGGAAAAAUUGUCGGGCAAUCAACUAUGAUGAGCAAUUUAGUUUUUAA